AGUUGAUUAAAUACUCGAUGAGAUGAGCGACGAAGUGCUAAAUGUGGCAAAUAUUGUCACAAUUGAAGGCAAAUACGAGAAUGAGUUCACUAAAUUAUGCCCAAUUGGCGCCGGUAGCUUUGGUCGGGUAUUCAAAGUGGAAAGCAAGGCUGAUAAAACAAUACACGCAAUUAAAAUUUUGACCGAAAAUAUAAGUCCCGAGAAUUACGAGUCAUAUAUAGCC